CAGCACGUGGGUUGUUGACUUCAAAUUUGGCUCCAGUUGAAAGUUUGGAUUGAACAUAUUUACGUUUAUGGACGAAAAUGGCGGAUAUGUUUAAACAAUCCAUAAUAUCAUCAUCAUUUAAACUGUUGGAAUUAAAAGAAAAGAAAAUUCUAAACAGUAUAACUGAUGCUGAUUUGCUCUGUGGUUACAUUAAUAAAUUUUUGCCACAUAAAUUUACCACAAAUCAUGGUAAAAAUAAUCAGAUUGAAGAAGAUUCAGAAAAUGAUGGAUUGGAAAUACCAGAUGAGCCAGCACAAUCAGAAAAUACUGUGGUGAAGACUAGUCGUGCUAAAACGAUUGAAGAACUCUAUAAACGAAUAGAAACUUUAAGAGGAAAAAGGACAAAUUACAAAGAAAAAUUAUUAAAGAAAGGUCUCAAAAAUAGAUUAAAGAAAAAGCAAAAACUUGAAGAACGAAAAAACUUAAAAAAGAAAAACAUAAAAUUGGAAAAACUGAAAUCUGAAGAUUCAUCGUCGGAAACAGGUAAUGACACAAAGGAUACUCUUAUCAAAGAACAACCCGAAGAAAACAGCAUAACAUUCAACAAGUUCUUAUUAUCAGAAUCUGAUCAAAUUCAAAAACCUAGAAGUGAUCCUAAAAGUUUACUUACAAAACUAGAAAAAAAGAAAUUAAAGUUGAAAAAAUUAGAAUUAAAAGGUAAAAAAGAAAAACUAACAGAAAUUAAAUCUAAGGAAGCUUGGGAUACUGCGAUUCAGAAAGUAGAAGGUGUCAAAAUCAAAGAUGAUAUUGAACUUCUGAAAAAAUCUGUAAGUAAAAUAAAAAACAGAAAAAAUAAAAGUAAAAAGAAGUGGGAAGAAAGAGAAAAACUUGUAGAAUCUAAAAAAGAAAAAGUGCAAAAGAAAAGACAGGAAAAUAUAGUGAAGAAAAGGAAAGAGAGAAGCAAAAAGAGGACUAAGGUGUUAGUUAAGAAAGGAAGAAUUCUUCCUAAAUAAUAUA